AUGGUGAGGCUGUACCCGACUUUUGUAUUUGCAAAAGGCGAUUGGCCUUGGUUGAAGAAGGUAGGUUUUUUGGUGCGGUCACAUCACCAAAGUAUCGCUGCCCCGCAAAGAUCAAAGGGUUUGUGUCAUUUAUGCCUAGCCGGUACGGCACAGUACGCUGACUGGAGCAACCCUGAUGGAUCUUGGAAGUGCGAUGACUCAUUAUUGCGGCCAACCCCACCAUGGAGUCGGGAGUCGCCCUUAACUACGAGAUUGUGCAAGUCUGAUGAUAUUUGUGGUAAGACUUGGCGGUAUCGCCCGGAUAUCUUUCACACCUUGCACAAAGGUGUGCUGGCAGAGCUUGCUGGCUCUGGCUUGGUGGUUCUCACAGACCUGAACCUGGACGGUUGCGGUGGAGACAUUCCUGUGCGUCUCCACCAGAUACAUGUACAGUUGAAAACGUGGUGCAGCCACAACAAGGUUCAGCUACAUGUCAACGACUUGACCAGAACCAUUUUGCAUUUCGAUGCCGACUCUGACUUUCCGACGGGGGGAUGGUUCAAAGGUGCGGACACGACAGCUGUUUGCAAGUAUUUAGAGCACAAGUUCCACCAAACCCUGGAGUCAGAGCACAGCGACUAUGUGGAGAGCAUUUACAUGGCUCUGUCCGCAGGCAACAACUUUUUGAGGUUGCUGUACAGUGCUGACCUGUUCAUGCCCCAGUCCCUGACACAACGUGUGGCAGCAUGUGGGCGGCAAUUGCUGUCACAGUAUUUAAGGGCCGCUAGCAUAGCGCACUCGCUUUCAAAGACCCGCUUUAAACUUAUACCAAAGUUUCACUUAUUUUGCCAUAUCGUCAUGAACCUGGAGGCCACUUCCGAUUCAAAGAAUCGAAGCUUUUGCAUCAACCCUCUGGCAUUUUCAUGCCAGCUAGAUGAAGAUCUGGUGGGGAGGGCUUCGGGCAUGUCUAGGACAUGUUCAAUUCGAAGGGUUCAUGAGCAAACGAUCAGGAAAUACCUGGUGGCAGUACGACUGAACCUCCCGAACCAUGGUCAGAAACGACCUCUGAGUUCUGAGCCAGCAGAGAGGCACGGUCCCAAACCGAAACGCCCGCGCUGA